CAAGGCUGCACUCUCUGGCCAAACGGAAAUUCCUCCCUCUGCCCGGUCCUGAAAGAACAAACACUGCGCGGCAUGCGGUAUAAAUGGGAGCAAUGGUGAGCCUGUUUCAGCUUCAGAUCUUCGAUCAUUUUCCUCGAUACAAGCGGAGGUUUUAACUGGAAUCCAGCUGCUCUCCACCAUGGCUCCUGUGUCUCUGGGCCUGUUUUUCUCCGCUCUUCUGCUGCAGGAAGCGGCCGCCUUGCAGCGCGCUCGUUGCUCCGGGAAUCUCUGCUGCUUCCAGGGGUCUCUGGACCCUAAAGCUGCGCAGGAAGCCUGCGAGGGGCAAAACGGAAAGCUGGUCCAAUCCAGCACUUCUGUAGAGACGAGCAUGUUUGAGCGUCUAUUGAGAGGAUUCACAGGGGUGUUCUGGCUGCAGGGUGGCCCAAACUGCACCGCUGUUUCUGCGGGGAGUGGGCCCGGAUUCAAGGUUCGACCGGAGCACUGUGGGGACAUCCUGGACGGCUUCUUCUGCACCUUCGGCUCCUCUGACGUAUGCGGCGUCGUUCGGGACAGUGGGAACACCUCGGUGACCUACCGCUCACCUGCAGGCUUCGAAUUUGCAGAUUCGGAGACCUUUCCCCCUGGGACCCUGGCCCUGGCGGCUCGGCCCGGCGCUCAGUUCCCGGACUGCAAGUAUCUCUGUGUGACCAACUGGAUGCAGGCUCCGUGGCGCUGCGAGGUUCUGCAGGGUGGCUGUGAUCACAGCUGCGAUCAAUUUAACCACACCUGUACGUGUCCAGCCGCGCAAUCCCUCCAUCACAACAGCUUCUCCUGCACGAACACAUCUGAGCCGGGUAGCAGCUCCCCGUCCGAGAUCCGGCGCUGCUCCGAGGGUUACAGGCCUGCAGCGGACGGGAAAAGCUGCGUGGACGUGGAUGAGUGCGCGGACGAGGAGAACGCGUGCCUGGCUGAGGGUAAGGUGUGCGUAAACCUGGAUGGCGGGUACGAGUGCGAUUGCGCGGAGGGCUUUGCGAUGGAGGAGGGCGCCUGCGUUAACAUCUCCAUCUGCAGAUUAUGCGAGCAUAUGGACUGCGCGAAGAUCAGCGGGGUGUACCGAUGCAAGUGCAGAGAGGGGUACAGGGUGUCCCCCAAUGACCCCACCAAGUGCGAGCAGGUUUGCAAUCAGAAAACAUGCCCUGCGAUCUGUCAUCCCAACCCGAAGCAGGAGAGUAAGGACACGCCGUGCUUCUGCCCAGAAGGCUUCAUCCUGGACCGCUCAGAGGGAGCAGCCACCUGCCACGACUUUGAUGAAUGCGAGGCUCAGAGGCUCUGCGAUCACGACUGCGAGAAUCUGUUCGGCGGCUUCAGGUGUGUGUGCAGGAAGGGCUACACCCUGCAGAAGGAGAAGUGUGUCCGGGUGAAUCACACCGAGGAGGAUGAGGAUGAGGAGGACGCAUCUGGGUCUCCUCCUCCUCCACCCGCUCCAUCAACCACCCCUAUCAGCCUCCAGCCGGCCGCCCUGCCUUCUUACAUUAAGACCGGCAGCGUCCUGGGCAUCACCGUGUUCCUGGCGCUGUGCGGGGGGCUGAUGCUGUGCGUGGUCAGAUACGCGGCGACACGCUGCAGGACGUUGGACCUGACCGCCCUAAAACACCCGGAUAUUGACAUCUUCUACCUGCAGCAGGUCACAACAGAGACAUACAAGCGCUUAUCCUUUGAUAAGCAGGUUAGAAACGAGCCGCAGAGAAGCGGAACCAGCAGAUAUUUAGACAUGGUGCUUCCAGCGGGGCUGUCCGUGUUGCUGCUGCUUUUCCUCCAGGCUGAAGCUGGAGGCGCAGAGCGCAGCAGCGGCUACUGCAUCGGGAAUGCAUGCUUCAUCCUGUUCCGGGAUCCCAGCACUUUCAGCUCAGCGCGGGAGCGCUGCAGAGCCCUGGGCAGCCACCUGAUGACCGUGCGCACCUCUGUGGCCAACGACGUCCUCUCCGUCCUGCUGGGAAACUUCAGCGGAAGCUUCUGGAUCGGUCUGCACCGCCUGAGCGGCUGCCCGGACCCCUCAAAGGAACUCCGGGGCUUCCAGUGGGUCACCAAAGACACAGAGAGCGACUUCACCAACUGGCUGCCGGGUUCUGACAGCAGCUGCUUGGCCGCCGGCUGCGUCUCUGUGAGCAGAGAGCAGCGCUUCAGAUGGAGCCAGGCGCCCUGCGCGCAGCAGGCAGAAGGCUUCCUCUGUGAGAACGGCUUCACUGAGCCCUGCACCAGUCUGCCUCAUGAGACGCAGGAGUCCGUGCGCUACCGGACCCCCGAUGGGUUCAAGGUGGAGGAGAUACUGUCCCCCACUCUUCCUUCUGGAAGCAUCGCAGUCCGUCUCCCAUCAGAGAGCAAAUAUAUCUGCUCCGGGCAGCAGUGGCUGCCGGCGCCUUGGAGCUGCGAGAUAAAGGAAGGAGGCUGCGAACAUAAAUGCGCCGUGGAUCAAAACAACGCCCCCAUCUGCUACUGCCCGCCGCAGCUCAUCGUGGACCCGAUUAACAGGGUCACCUGCCAGGCGUGGGAUGAGGACCACCCGUGCGCGGCGCUGCGCUGCCAGCAGACCUGCCUGCAGAACGGAACGCAGCAUGUGUGCGGCUGCGGCCACGGCCUGCAGCUGGCCGCGGACGGCAGGAGCUGCGUGGACUUUGACGAGUGCGCGGAUGAGCGGCAGUGUCCCGGGGAGAACUUCAAGUGCUUGAACUCACCGAUGGGCUACAAGUGCGUCUGCGAGCAGGGGUAUAAACUGAUGGCGGAUCAGUGCGUGGAUGUGGAUGAGUGCGUGAGCGCUCCGUGCGAGCAGACGUGCGUGAACACGCCUGGUGGUUAUUUCUGCUCCUGCUAUGAAGGAUACAUAGAGGAUGAAAAUGAGCCGAGGAGAUGCAGGCUGCACUGUGGGGAGGGGGAGUGUCCCGCCAUGUGUGACCCCAACAGCCAGUUCCAGUGCUUCUGCCCCGACGGCUUUCUGUUGGAGGAGAGAGCAGACGGCUCCUUCUGCUUAGACAUGGAUGAAUGUGACUUUUUUUUCUGCUCCCAAAGCUGUAAGAACACCUAUGGCGGCUACGUGUGCUCCUGCGCUCCAGGGUUCACGUUAAUCGAUGGACACCAGUGCGUAAUAAUCGAUGAUGAAGUCACAGACGGGUCACCAACCACCUCCACCCAAACACCACCCACCACCCCACACCCUGAGCCCACGCGGCGGCCCUCCAGGGUGUCAGCAGGCGGGCUGGUGGGGAUCAUCGUGGGCAUCGUGUUCCUCAUAGUGCUGGCCGUGUUCGCGGCCCAGUUGGUGCUGAUCCGCAGGGGGAAGGAGGGGGCCGCCGCGGGUGGGCUGAAAGAGGAGGAAACCCACAGUUUACACGGACUGAGUGACACCCACGGAGAGAAGGUGGUGUAGAGACGCUUUCCAGGAGACCUGUGGAUGUAUGGAGGGAACCUUCAGAACCGAACUCUAUAGAAUCAGUCCUCCUGGGGGCAGGAGGGGCAGAAAUGAUGAGGUUUACCAUGUCCACCCCAGUACCAUACACCCUCCACUAUGUAAUGAAGUGACAGAAGAACUGUUUACAGUUUUUACCGGAUUAUUAAAAUGUAACUUGAAGAAGUGAA